AUGGCGUUUGCUGGGACAAAUAUCAGUUUGUCCCAGCCGGAUAUCACGCAGAAACUAACGGAGCGCAUAGACGACCUGAAGCAAAAGAUUGCCGCUUGGGGGAAGCGGAUUCGCCGAUUUACCGAGAGGUCAAGGCGGUUCAACCAGAAUCGUCUCUUCCAGAGUGAUCAGAAGAGGCUCUACAAAUCAUUGGAGCGACCAGAGGUAUGUGGAGCGGGCCCAGGACCGGAUCAGGCUAACACUGUUGCAUUUUGGCGUGGCCUGUGGUCAGAGCCCGUAAACCACAGCGAGGGCCCUUGGACGGAAGUUGUGGCGAGUCAGUGUGCGAGUAUUACGCCCAUGGACCCCGUCAUCAUAACGCCGGAUGACGUAGCUGAGGCGGUCCGUAGAGCCCCGAACUGGAAAAGUCCGGGACUCGACGGACUGCAUCACUACUGGCUGAAGGGGUUCAUGGUGUGUCACGCUGUGCUCGCCCGUCAGUUUCAAGAGGCUCUCAACCAGAAGUCGCUCCCUAGCCUCUACACUACUGGGAUCACUCAUUUGGUUCCUAAAGACCAGGUACAUGGAUCUGCGCUCACAAACCCCGUGUCGGAACGUAGAUCUACGUGCACAUUUUCUUCGUAA